AUGGUUCGCAAAUUAAAAUAUCAUGAACAGAAAUUGCUUAAAAAAGUCGAUUUUCUACAGUGGAAAAAUGAAAAUAAUCUUCAAGAAAUCAAAGUGAUAAGAAGAUAUCAUUUGCAAAAACGGGAAGAUUACCAUAAGUACAACAAACUUGUUGGAGCAAUCAAGAAAUUGACAAAUAGAAUUUCUUUGUUGGAUGUAAAAGAUCCAUUCAGAAUUAAACAAGAGAAUUUAUUAUUGGAUAAAUUAUUGAAAAUGGCAGAAACUGUCAAAGAAGCUGUAACUUUUGUAGAACAAGGUCAUAUUCGUGUUGGUCCUGAAACUGUCACUGACCCUGCAUACUUAGUCACAAGAAAUCUUGAAGAUUUUAUUACUUGGGUAGAUACUUCCAAGAUUAAACGCAAGAUCAUGAAAUAUAAUGACAAG